UUUAUAAUAUCUUUAAUUUUCUAUUAAAAAAAUCAUUACUGAUAUUGUUUCCUGUGUCAAUAUAGAGACAACUGAAAUAAUGUAUGAAGUUUAUUGAACGGAAAGAAGCGAAGCUGGCAGAGCAGCAUCGGCGGAAGCCUGUUCGGGUCGAGUGCCACGGCGGCAACACUUCUUCGCCUCGUCUCCUUCUUCACAUCCAGGUCUCCUUUGAGAGCACAGAAACCAUGAAGAUUUUGGAGAGCUUUGGCGCAGAAGUACUUUUCCGGAUUCUUUUCUUCCUAUUGUAUUUAUACACAGAUAAUCUAAAGCCAUUUGAAAGACAUAUUCAACCUGAAGAAUUAUGGUUGUAUAAGAAUCCUGAAACUCCCAGUUAUAUACCGGUUAAAUUUUUGUGGGUCAUUGUAACUAUUUUACCUUUGGUUUCAAUUGUGUCUGCUUACAUCAGGAACAGAAACAAAACAGAUGUGACGUGUGCUGUUCUGGGUGUGACUCUAUCUAUAUUCUUUACUGCUUCUCUUACAAAUGUGAUAAAAAUCAUUUUUGGACGGCCCCGUCCUGACUUCUAUUGGCGGUGUUUCCCUGAUGGGAAAUUUGUUGCUGGCAUGUUGUGUACAGGUUUACAGGAGAAAAUCACUGAAGGUCGGAAAAGCUUUCCAAGUGGACAUUCCUCAAUUGCUUUUUCUGGCUUAGGGUUUACAACUCUAUAUUUAUUUGGGAAACUACAUUAUUUUGGACAACAUGGUUUUGGAAGUACCUGGCGCCUUAUCACCUGUGUCACUCCCAUAUUCAUUGCUAUGUUAGUGGCUCUGUCCCGUGUCUGUGAUUAUCACCAUCAUUGGCAAGAUGUCACAGUUGGAUCCUUUCUUGGGUUUAUGGUUGCCUACAACUGCUACCGUCAGUGUUAUCCUGCACUGAACUCCAACUUCUCCCAUUUGCCAUUAUCAUCUGUCCCAUCAUAUGAAGCAAACCUUGACUCCAGCACGAUAGGUAACAGCCAGUUAUCACCUUAUCGAUCCUCAGACAAUGGCAAUCUUUUCAAAACUGAUUCAACAUUAAAAAUAGUCUGAUUUAGGGUU